AUGGCCUUAAAGUGGAGGAGCAGCCUUGCCCCACCCCCACUGUCCCCAAAGCACAUGAAAGCGCAGCAGACUGAGGGUGUGGAUGUGGAAGCCCACUCCCAGGCUCCAGCUUCCUGGCCUGUGUCUGUUGUUUGUUCCCUCAAAUCUGGCACCGCCCUGAAGCAGCAGGUGUUUGACUUCCUGUGCUACCAGUGGGUGUCCAUCCUGGCCACUUUCAUCCACAUCGUCAUGGUCAUCCUGGGGCUCUUUGGCACAAUCCAGAGCCCUGUCACCACCAAAUGGCUGAGACCUGAGAGCAGAGUCCCUGCCCCCACGGAGGUUUUGGUGGAGUCUCUUCUCCAAGGGCAGUCCAAGGGCAAAAGCAGGUAUGCUGUGUGGGCAGCCUUCUGGGUCACCUGGAAUGUUUUUAUUACCUGCUUCUACCUGGAGGUGGGAGGCCUCUCCAAGGUGAGUAAACUUUUGACCUUCAACUUCUCUAGACACCGCUCCUGGUGGGGUGAGCAUGGCCCUGGCUGUCAGCACGAGGAGCCAGUGGCAGGCUUGGGGCCCCCUGAUGGCCAGGCCCUGGUGCCAGGUGUAGGCUGCUGCCUGGAGCAUGGCUAUGUGGAGGCCCUGCACAGCACCUUGCAGAUCCUGGUGGCGCUGGUGGGCUUUGCCUGUGCAUGCUACGUGGUCAGCAUUUUCACUGAGGACGAAGACAGCUUUGAUUUCAUUGGUGGAUUUGGUCCAUUUUCUCUACCGUGUCACUGAAAACCCUCCAACCUCUUGUUCAGGCAAGUGUACUUGUAAGUAUGGCUGCCAGUCAGCUUACACAGCCCUGAGGCUCCUGUCCUGGGGCAGCCUCACCAGGCAUCGUCUGUCUGUCCAUCUUUCAUCAUCUAUCCAUCCCCACUUUCCUGAGAUAUGCUCUGUGCGUCUCCAGACCAGGGAUGGGGC